CUUGAAUCUUCAUCAACUUCGCGUUCAAUUCCUACGGUAUUUCUGUUUUUCCUAUUGCUACAACUUGACGACGCGCACCUCGCUGGUUACUCCAGAACGAGUAUACACUGAAACGAAAGCCAGUCAAGCAUUCGCUGUAACUGUCUUUGCCGCCAUGGAAAUCCUGCGAGAACCUCCCAAAGCCUCGACUUUCAUCCCCCUCGCCGAACAUCAAUCCACUACCCCGGCCUCAUUCUACUCCGGCCCGCCCGUGCUACACUACUACAGCGACCGCAGCAAGCUCGUUGUCCUCGAGCCUGAAAUCAGCAAUGUCGCUGCAUUUGCUCCCCUUCUAGAACAUGCAAAGCCUCAAUCUCACGCUAACGGCACCGAGACCCACGGCGACGCAGCGGACGGGGACGGGGACGCAGACGCAGACCAAGGGUUGCAGCAAAAGGUGGUGGAAGAUCUAGACGUCUGGGUGACAUCGGACAAAUUGUUUCUCUACUCCAACGCGGCCUCCGCGGGCGUCGCGAUCCCCUACCCAUCCAUAUCCCUCCACGCCAUCCAAUCGCUCCCGCAACCCUCGGCAGGUGAGCAGCAGGGCCUAUACAUGCAACUGGUAUCAUCGUCGACAGAAGACGAUAACGGCAACGGUGAAGACGUAGAGCCCGAGUCCGUCUCCAUCACCAUCAUCCCCACUGCUUCUGCGCCGCCUGCCGCCGCCACGGAAUCCGAUCCCACCGUCGCCGAGGACAAGCCGGAACAGACGCCCGUCAUGGCCAUGUUCACCGCCUUGUCGAACUGCUCGAACCUGCAUCCUGACCCUGUGGAUCCUGGCGAGGAAGGCGAUGAGGCUGAGGCAGGCUCAGCUAGUCUGUUCCAGGCCGGUUUGGCGUUCCCAGGCGCGAACGAUGGAGGUCUGCCGCCCGCCAUGCCUGGCAGUGGUGGCUGGAUCACGGCGGAGAACAUGCAUGAGUUCGUCGACGAGAACGGGAACUGGAUAGAAACAAAUGAGGAAGAAGAGGUGGAAGGAGAAGCAGAAGGAGAAGAAGUUGCUGCCGCCGGACAUCAAAAUGAAGGCCAAAGUCUGGGCCCGGGAGCAGGUACUGUUCGCCCUAGAGAGGACGACGCUCAAGGAACCGAAGCUACACCUGAUGAGGCGGAUGAGACCAAAUGGAGGAGAACGUCUUGACAUUAAUCAUGAAAAGGAACAAGUUUGAUACCCAUCGAAACAGAGAUCCAAGUACCUUAUUAUUGGGGAAAUUGAUACAAUUCUUCGGAGGCUGAUUUCUAGUCUCUCAUUCUGUCCAAA